CCUUUGCAAAGAAGCACCUCCUCUCUCUUAUUCCCACAUGUGAUUGUUAAAUUAUAGUGAUAAUAUGUCAUGAUAACCACUAAAGUUUCUAUUCUCUGUUUCCAGCCUGAAAUGUCAGUGCGAGAUAUCCCUGCACACUCACCUUUUCUGUACACAGUUAUUCCAUAUGAGAAGAAAAACUCCCCUGUGACAACUGAGGAUCUUCAAAUACUUACUAAAAUAUUGGUAGCCAUGUCUGAAGACAGCGACAAGGUCCCCAGUUUGUUAACUGACUACAUCCUCAAGGUGUUGUGUCCGUCACAAGACCUGAUGAUGGUUCCAACAUGAGACACGACUGACCCUGUAACGCCCCCCCCCCCACCUUCCAUCCCCGCACCCUGAGAUGCCCUUUGGAAGAUCCCCGCGUUCCACAGCCCCAACUCUCUCAGGACCUGACUCGUAUCAACUGCUAUGGGAGGAGCGGAGAGACAACUAACUAAAAAAUAUAUAACGUUAUAUUUAGGAUGUACCAAGACAACAAAGGCCAACAAACUUUUCACACAGGCAAGAAGGAAGAUCUUCAGAAGCCUGUAAGCACAGUUGCUGUUGAGAUGUGGAAGAUUGAAUCUUAUUCCGGUUGAUUCGGGUCAGGUGGCCAGCCAACACUGUCAACAACAAGAAUCUGCAGCAUUGAAGAUGAUUCAAAUGUCUUCUCCAUUAGUCCGAGUUUGGUUAGACUAGGAGAUUCCUUUCGCAAGGUCUCAGCUCAAGCUAAGGCGGUUCCAGAUGCCUUGACUAUAAACUACGAUGUACGUGCAAGUCAGACCCAGUUGUGUAAAACCUCGGAAAGCUAUUCGGCUAUUGCAAGUUGUAUUAAUGGGUAUAUGUAGACCAAUGUUGUAACCUCUUUAUAAAGUAGGUAGGGGCAGAGUCAAAGCGUGGAUGGCUUCACAUCUUUGUCUUCCGUGUUAGACCAAUUCUAAAUUUUAUACACCCCUGCACUGCGAAUGAGUCACUCCAUGAACCUGUCACAAUGUUUCCGGUAACCGGUCAUUCCAUUCACAGUGCGGGGGUGUUUGGGCUUUGGUUUAACAGAGAAAGACAUCAAUUCAGAUGGAAGCGCGGAAACGUGUUGGCGCCUGCCAUGCUCUUUUCUAACUCUGGAGGAAACAAAUGCUCAUGACUGUAUAACCAUGGUGUAACAAUUCAUAGUGAGGAUGGCUGUUGGCUCUGGACAUUGUAGCAUGUAUGUGAAGAAAAAGAAACCAACUGCAAAAUAUCCCCGCUUCUAGAAGCUCAUGCAUGACUCCCCUCCCUAGCAAGAUUAUGUGUAUAACUGGUGUGGAAGUUUGUAUAUGGAGAAAUAAUAAUAAGUGCAAAUGCAAAGGUAACGUACAGCAAGUCAUUGAUAUGGAUGUGUCUGUCCAGCGAUGGUGCUAAGGUACAAACCCUGGCCUGUCAUCAUGUAGUUUAGCUCUCACCUGUUUAAUCAUCAUUGUCAAUCCUGCCAUGUAAAAAUGCGCUUCCAAGUAUUGUGGAUAAUAUGUGUUACUGAUAAAGGGAUGGGAGGUUAAGUUAGAAGGAGGAGAUGGCCAUUGGAAAAUGUAGUUCGAAGGUAAAGCAUCAUGGAGGAAGUCACCAAUGCAGUUCUCACAAGAGUUGAUAGGUGGUGCUCGUGUACUAUUCAAAUGACUCAGGUUAUAUUGUCCCAGUACGUCACACCAACAGCAUUGAAGUAAAUAUGUAUAAUCUGCAGGUCUGCCUGUCGUAAAGGGAUAACAAUUCUAUACUGCAGUCUCACAAAAAUACGAGAAGAAAGAACACCCUGUGACUGUGCCAUUGAAGAACUGUUGAAGCAUCGUUUAGGCACAAAGUUUCUGUUGGAACACUGAGAGCACCAACUGACAUCCAAAUUGAGAACUCUAUAUACUAGCAACACCCACUGUUGGUGCAGCCUUGAAAAUGCACUGUCUGAAACAGGUAAUAUAAUCAUAUUGUGUGGGAGUGGAGAGGUAUUAUGAUGCAAAAGAAUGCUGGUUUGGACAAAAAUCAAAACUUAGGCAGAAAGGGAAGUUGCAUAGAGGGCAGGUUAGAUAGACUUUGUAAUGCUACUAGAUUUAAGAAGGACAUCCUUGUGUGUAUGUAGAUGGUAACUAUCAGUGAAAACAAGCUUUCUGGGUAUCAAAAUGCAUUGGCCAUUUAAUGGUGUAAAGUUGUUUAGAUUAUUCUGCAAUGCUUACAAGAUUUUCCUUUUGUAAAAAAAAUGUACAUUACUGUGAUUAUUUUGAUUGCGAAAUUUUAUGUUUUGUACUUUUGUAUUAUUUAUUCUUGUUAAGUUUUUGAACUGCCAAAUUGUUGCAAUGUUAGAAUAAGUGAAAUGAAUUCUACAUUAAAUCUAGAAUUUGAUUAGUUUCCUUUGUAAGGAAGUUUUGUGACCUUGGUUUUAAGUAACUUGUGACGGGCCAACAAGAAGCACCAGCAUUCGUAACUUUGUAUAAUGUUGCAGGUUCAUAUUGCAGACUUAUGUAUAUUUUGAUGGUGCCUCUGUUUAUGAUAUUUUGAUGGUUGGAUAAUGUAUGAACACGUAUAAGCAUGGUCCUGCAACAAUUAAGGCACAGCUUUGAUGGCCAGUUGGCAAAAGGAACAGAGUAGAGUGUACAUACAGUUGCUGUGAAAGUCAGAAUGAGUGGAUAGGCAUGCCCGUAAUGGUGACGCCUUCGUAAGUUGCGAGACAUUAACCAUGAUACAUGAUACACACAUGCUGGGUAAUAAUAAAUGGGCACUCUU